CUUUGCCCUGGGAUGCAUGGCCACAGCUGAAUCAGAGCUCUCUAUCUGGACCCUCCACACAAAGCUAUGGCUUGUUUUUGUCUGAUUGUCUUUGCCAUCCUGAUCCUGGCUGUGCUGGCAUGGCAGCUGAAAGCCAAGUCCUCACGUGGCCUCCAGGAGCCCCCCCAUCUCCCAGCGCUGCCUCUGAUCGGCAGUCUGCUGAGUCUGCGAAGCCCGCACCCUCCUCAUGUACUUUUUAAACAGCUCCAAAAAAAGUAUGGACAGACGUACUCACUGAUGAUGGGCUCCCAUAGAGUGAUCAUCGUCAACCAGCAUGCACAUGCCAAAGAAGUCCUGCUGAAGAAGGGAAAGAUAUUUGCUGGAAGGCCCAGAACUGUGACCACAGACGUUCUUACUAGAGAUGGGAAAGACAUUGCAUUCGGAGAUUAUAGUGCUGCCUGGAGGUUCCACAGGAAAAUAGUGCAUGGAGCUCUUUGCAUGUUUGGAGAAGGCUCUGCUUCCAUCGAGAGGAUCAUCUGUGCAGAGGCCCAGUCUCUAUGUUCCACUAUGUCAGAGGCAGCAGGGGUGGGCCUGGCUCUGGAUCUGGCCCCUGAGCUGACUCGCGCCGUCACAAACGUGGUCUGCUCCCUCUGCUUCAACUCCUCCUACUCCCGAGGAGACCCAGAGUUUGAAGGCAUGCUGCGUUACAGCCAGGGCAUUGUGGACACGGUGGCUAAGGACAGCCUGGUUGACAUCUUCCCUUGGUUACAGGUUUUUCCAAAUGCAGACCUACAUCUGCUGAAGCACUGUGUUGCAAUCAGAGACAAACUUCUGCAGAAAAAGUACAACGAGCACAAGGCGGACUACAGUGACCACGUACAGAGAGAUCUGCUGGAUGCCCUGCUGAGAGCUAAGCGCAGCGCUGAAAACAACAACACUGCAGACAUUAAUGCAGAGGCUGUGGGCCUCAGUGAUGACCACCUCCUCAUGACUGUAGGGGACAUCUUUGGAGCUGGUGUUGAGACCACCACCACUGUUCUCAAAUGGGCGGUAACCUACCUCAUCCAUCAUCCAGAUGUACAGAGGCGCAUCCAGCAUGAACUUGACACUAAGAUUGGAAUGGAUCGCUCCCCCCACCUCAGUGACAGAGGCAGUCUGCCCUACCUGGAGGCCACCAUUAGAGAGGUGUUGAGGAUCCGUCCUGUAGCUCCCUUACUCAUCCCUCACGUGGCACUAAAUGACACCAGUAUUGGGGAUUUCAAAGUAAAAAAAGGAACUCGAGUCAUCAUCAAUCUGUGGUCUCUGCAUCAUGAUGAAAAGGAGUGGAGCAACCCUGAAUGUUUCGACCCUGGCCGCUUUUUGGACAGUGAAGGCACAGGACUGACCAUCCCGUCAUCAAGCUAUCUGCCUUUUGGUACCGGGAUCAGAGUGUGUUUGGGUGAGGCCUUGGCCAAGAUGGAGCUCUUUCUCUUCCUGUCCUGGAUCCUGCAGAGGUUCACCCUCUCUGUCCCACCAGACCACUCUCUACCCAGCCUGGAGGGAAAGUUUGGUGUGGUCCUCCAGCCUGUCAAAUAUAAAGUGAAAGCCACACCCCGGCCCGGCUGGGAGCGAGCCACCAGCCAGACGUGCUGAGAGCCCAGCCAUGUGCUGCUAAACAAUAGCUUUCUGCGUCAGGCCAAGAGCCCAGAGUUCAAAACUAACCUCCAAACUGAAACAAGCAGUGAUGCUUUGCACAGAUAACAUUUUCCAAUAUAUUGAUAUUUAUGAAUACUUCUGUGCAGAAUAGACAGUAUGAAAAAUGUGACAUACAGCAACUGAACACAUUUCCUCUGCUGCAGUACUUCACUGAACAACCAGAGGUGAGAGAAAAGACGACAGGUCUAAAACACUAUUGUUGCUUUAUAUAGAUAAGCAAUAAUUACCCACACUGAAAAAAUUCAGUUGUUUUUACUGAAAAUCUGUAGUUGUGUAGCUGUGGUUACCAGAAUCUUUCAGUAAUAAAAUACAGCAAAAAUGUACGCAAGGUUACAGAACCACCUCUAUAUUUUAUAUGAUAAAACUGUGUAUUGUUUUUUAUCUUUAAAUGCAUAUUUAAUAGCUAUUUUUAUUAUUAUAUAUUUUUAGAAUUUGUUGUGGCACUAGUGGCCCUUUUUGUUGAAGGUAGGCUGACAGUAAGGGAUACACAGGAUAGAAUUAAACUUGGAUCAGGCAAGCCAAAAUAAAUAAUAACUCACUUGCCUGGACACCACAAUGUUGAUUUGUAUUAGCAGGUGAGAAAUCAUCCGAAUUCCAUUAGGCAGCCACAAAAGCUUGUGUAGCGCUAAAUUCCACUUUUCAGCCAUUUUUUCCAUGCAGCUUUUGAAGCUGCAAAGUGAAGCCUUCCCCAUCCUCCAUUACUAAUUAUCAUGCAUUAUUAUUAGAAGAAAAAAAACUUAUGUUUAAAAGAAAAUAUACAACACCUUGAGCAAAGUUGAAACAACUGUGCAACUAUCAAAGUUAGUGAUAGAUUAGAAUGUGUCACCACUUAGCCAAGGUGACACUAGGCCAAAUGUGUUGUCCCGAGAUAUGAAAAGAAGUUGGCUAGGAUUUUCAAGAACAAGCCAGGAACCACUGGGGGCUUAGGUAAAUGUUACAUCACCAUUGACUGAGAGGAUUCCAAUCAACAAAGGAACUCCUGCUCCAUUUGAUGCCUUCCAUCUAGGUUUGGGGGAUUUCCAGUAAAGUCAUAGUUAUAGAAAUCAUAACAACAACAUCAUUAAAAUGAAAUGUUUAUAGCAUGUUCUUAUCUAUAAGCAAUGUGAAAAUAUUUGCUCAAGAAAAAGAGAUCGACAUCUCUUCAGUCUCUCCUCCAUGAGCCCAAUAUGUUAUUAAGUAGUGAAAAAAAGAUAGAGGUGAUUUUUUUAACAACGUCAUGAGUUGAUGAAUGAAUAAAAGGUUGGCAAUGGGAAUGUUGACAGAACAGAACUGUUUUACUGUUGUAGACAAAAAUGCAGCAAAGCAUCCCUUCACGUGCAGUUUUUCACUAAAGCAACUGUAAACGUCUUUGAACAAAUGAAAAACACAAAAAAUUAUAAUUGCAAAAGUAACAAGGACAUGAGAAUAGACCCCAGCGUACAACCUGUUACAUCUGUUCUUAUUCAAAAUUGAUUUACUCUGAACAGAAAUGUUAACGUCGGUUAAUCUAAUCUAGAACAAUACUUGUCAUGAUCACAUUAUGUUUCCUCCGGAAAGUCAGACAUUUAUGAUGUUUUUAAGGCUUUUCAUCAAACAAAGGAGAAAUAAUUCUUAUUCUAAGAGCUCUUCAUAGAAUGAGUCCUAGUUUUGUAUCACACUGCCCAUUGUUGCAUUUUAUUCAUUGUGCUUUAUUUUGUUU